CACCAGUCAGUCUUUGCAUCAGUUCCAUUACUGGUAGAGCAACUUCUUAUGAUUGUGCUUGUAUCUAAGGCAGUUGCAAUGACAUCAGCAGCUGUAGUUCCCGAAUUGCUGAAACAGAUGAAACCAGACAUGUGAAGAGUUUCCACUCAUCCGCCAUUGUGGUUCAAAUUCUGCUGACGAAAGCCUCCAGAGAUGCCACCAGAAAUGGAACCUUCCGUGCUUAACGGAUCGUCGACGCCGAAUUAUGCUGAGAAGAGGGAGCAGCAGAACGGUGGACCACGGCCGAAGGAGGACCUCAGGAAGAGGAUCCGCGCAGCCUUGCCUCAGGUGCUGGCGACGUCGGCGAAGAACGUGCUGCUGCUGGGCUACGGCAUGACGCUCGGCUUCCCCACGAUCGUCAUCCCGGCGGUCAGCAGGCGGCCGCUGGUAGCAGGCGACGCGGGCAACGCCACGCUGGGGGCGGCGGAGGAGCCCGGCCACCUCACGCUCUCCGACGCCGAGCUCUCCUGGUUCAGUAGCAUCAACCUGAUCUGCGUGCCGCUCGGCUGCCUGCUGUCGGGGCCGCUGUCGACACCCAUCGGGCGCCGGCCGGCCAUGAUGCUGGUCAACCUGCCGCUGGCCGCCGCCUGGCUGCUCUUCCACUUCGCGCAGUCGGUCGGCAUGCUGUACGCCGGGCUCGCGCUCGCGGGGGCGUCCGGGGGGCUGCUCGAGGCGCCGGUGCUGACGUACGUGGCGGAGAUCACGGAGCCGCGCUUCCGCGGCGCGCUGUCCGCCACCAGCUCGACGUCGGUGAUCGUGGGCGUGUUCACGCAGUUCCUGCUGGGCAACCUGCUGCCCUGGCGCACAGUGGCCCUCGUCAACCUAGUCUGCCCAGUCGCCGCCGUCAUCGCGCUCUGCUUCGUGCCAGAGAGUCCACACUGGCUCGUCGGGAAGGGUCGGCUGGCCGCCGCCGAGAAGGCACUGUGCUGGCUGCGAGGCUGGGUGCAGCCGGAAGACAUCCGGCAGGAGCUGAACGAGCUAGUGGUCACCAUCGGAGGGGCGGGCUCCGCCGACAAGGCUGGCGCGUCCGCGGCGACGCAGCAGCAGCAGCAGCGCCAGCAGCCAGCGUGGCGCAACUACCUCAAGAGGACCUUCGUCAGGCCGUACCUGCUGGUGAGCGCGUCGUUCGCGAUCGGCCACUUCUGCGGCAUGACGACGGUGCAGACGUACGCGGUGGUGGUGUUCUCGCAGCUGGGCGCGCCGGCCGGCCGCUACACGGCGACGCUGCUGCUGGGCGUGGCGCAGCUGCUGGGAGCCCUCACCGGCGUCUGCAGCGUCCACCGCUUCGGCAAGCGGCCGCUCGCGCUCCUCUCCGCCGCCGGCAACGGCGCCUGCUUCGUCGUCGUCGCCAUCCUCGCCGCCCACAGUGGCCCUGCGAGCGAAGACUCCAACACGUGGACGCCGUCGCUGAUCCUGGUGGCGGCGUCCUUCAUGUCUCACGUGGGGCUGCGCAUGCUGCCCUGGAUCCUCAUCGGGGAGGUGUACCCUGCAGAGGUGCGGGGCACCGCCAGCGGGGCUUCCGGCUCCAUGGGCUACAUCCUGGGCUUCGCGGCGAACAAGUCGUUCCUGUCUCUGGUGCACACGGUGUCGCUGGCGGGCACGCUGAUGCUGUACGGCUGCGUCAGCCUGCUGGGCUGCGUGCUGCUGUUCUUCGUGCUGCCCGAGACGGAGGGCCACUCGCUGCACGAGAUCGAGGCGCACUUCGCGCGCACCGACGGCCGCUGCUGCCAGCCCGGCGGCGGGCUCACCAGGCGCGGCCGCCACCGCAAGCAGCGCGCCGACCACGCCGACCCGCGCUGGGCCGCCGCCAACCCCGCGCUCGAGCUCAACGAGACGCACAUCUAG